UGCGUUAAGAAUAAGCCACUUCGUUUAAACUUUUACUGAUCGAAAUUUGAUGUUUAAAUGACAUAGUGGCCGUACGUAACAGCAAUAAAAUUCAACAGCUGACUUGUGCACAGAUUCUUAUUGAAGUCGCCGAUAAUUUUACAUACGCAGAAAUUUCUUAUCAACAAGUGGAUUAAUGCAAAAGAUCCGAAAAGUAAUACAUUAGAAAUGAAAGUAAAUACAAUUUUUCCAUUUGAUGAGUCGCUAUUCGAUUGCGCGAUCUCUAAUCACCAAUUGGGCGAAAUUGCUGUAGAAAUUUCCAAGCGUGGCAGUGUGACUGGCCUUAAUCAGAUUGUAUGGGCGUUAAAAGCGCUUACCUUGACCGACUCGACGACAUUGGGUGGUGACGAUACAGCGGCCAACGUACGCAGUCUCUGCCAGCGUGCUGCUUUUCCUAUACCAGAGCACAUUUUGCUGAAGCUUGGCGUCGAACCGGCACUUCUUCCACAUAUACACACCGCCGCCGUGUGUGUAUAUCCAGCGCGUGUUGCCGAUGCGGCUACGAAAUUGAAAAAGUUAAGCAAAUAUGAUGUUAUACCAAUAGCCUCGGUGGCAACUGGCUUUCCGACAGGACAAUAUGGAUUGGAUUCGCGUUUGCGCGAAAUUCACUAUGCUAUUGACUCAGGUGCCACAGAGAUUGACAUUGUUAUAAAUCGUCAGUUGGCACUUAUAGGUGAUUGGAAAGGUGUAUACAAUGAGGUGUGCGAGAUGCGCAAAGCUUGUGGUGAAAUGGCGCAUCUAAAAACUAUUCUCGCCAUAGGUGAACUCGGCAACAUGGAGAAUGUAUAUAAGGCGUCCAUGGCUUGCAUGCUAGCUGGGGCAGACUUCAUUAAAACGUCCACCGGCAAAGAGAAUGUUAACGCCACUUUGCCAGCUGGUCUGGCUAUGAUUUAUGCUAUACAAGAAUUUCAACGUCGGAAGGGCACUUUGGUUGGUCUAAAACCAGCUGGUGGAGUACGGACUGUUCCCGAUGCCAUUGCUUGGUUGACACUCGUAAAAGAAACUUUGGGUACUCGUUGGUUGCAACCCAGUCUUUUUCGAUUUGGCGCAUCCGGACUAUUGGAUAAAAUAGUGGAAGCUGUUAAUGUGCAUAUUAAUAAUCAACAAGAUGCUUAUAAUAGUAGCGCUGCAACCAAAGUAGCGGCAUAUUGAAUGAAAUGGAUUUGUAUGUACGUAUGUGCAUACAUAUAUAUGUAUGAAAUGCAAGUUCCUGAAAAUAUAUGUAUGUAUGAGUGUCAUAACUGCCUAAAUCGAAAAUCAUA